AUUAAACAGAAGAAGAAGAAUGCGUAUUGACGGGAGCGCGCAUUCGCCUCAUCAAGUCAAGAUGGCAACUGGGACAGAGCACGGCUUGAAAAAAAUAGUUUGGCAAAGAAUCAAGGACACCAUCAUUGCCGACUGCAGAAAGUCAGAAGUAUGGAAGAUCCUCAUACUGGACCAUUUCACCACCCGCCUUCUCUCCUCCUGCUGCAAAAUGUCCGAUCUCAUGUCGGAGGGCAUCACGAUUGUGGAGGACCUUUACAAAAGCAGAGAACCAGUUCCAGAGAUGAAGGCCGUCUACUUCAUGACCCCCACUGUUAAGUGUGUUGAUGCAUUUAUUAAUGAUUUCAAAGGGAAAACCAAGUACAAAGCUGCAUACGUCUACUUCACUGACUACUGUCCUGACGAGCUCUUCGACAAAAUGAAGAAGAACUGUGCCAAGUACAUUAAAGUGUGUAAGGAAAUCAACAUCUCAUUUCUGCCACAGGAAGCACAAGUGUUCACUUGUGAUAACACAGAAGCCUUCAAGAACAUCUACAGCCCUCACAGUCAGGACAGAGAUCAAACUCUAGAACAGCUCGCUGAUCAAAUCGUCACUCUCUGUGCCACGCUUGACGAGUAUCCUGGAGUCAGAUACAAGAAAGAUUCAGCUCUCGAUUACGCCAAGAAGUUGGCUGAAGUUGUGGAUAAUAAACUGGCACGGCAUUACGAGUUGGAUGACAACUGCAAAAAAAAGGAAAAAACACAGGCUCAGCUUCUGAUCGUGGAUCGAGCGCUGGACCCCGUGAGCCCAAUUCUGCAUGAGCUGACCUACCAGGCCAUGGCCUAUGACCUCAUACCAAUGAAGGACAACACCUAUGAGUAUAAAGUAAAGGAUGGUUCUAAGAAAGAGGCCUUGCUGAAUGAAGACGAUGAAUUAUGGGUCAAACUGCGGCACAUGCACAUCGCUGAGGUCUCUGAGAAAAUUCCCAAAUUGGUGAAGGAAAUCUCUUCUAGUAAGCAGCAGGCUGACGGGAAGAUCACAAUUGGAGCCCUAUCACAACUCAUGAAAAAGAUGCCAGCCUUCCGCAAGCAGGUGGCUCAGAAAUAUGUCCACUUAAAUUUGGCUGAGGAUUUGAUGGGUCAUUUCCAGAAGAAUGUGGAAAGACUUUGCAAAGCUGAACAGGAUCUGGCUGUAGGUGCAGAUGCUGAAGGUCAGAAGGUUAAAGACCCCAUGAGGACAUUACUUCCUGUGCUGUUACACCCCCAUGACACCCCUGAUAAGAUCCGGGCCGUUCUACUCUACAUCUUCAGCGUCAAUGGUACGACAGAGGAGAACCUGAAUAAACUAAUUCAGCAUGUGAAGAUCGAGGGUGAAAGCGAGUAUAUCCUGAACUGGAAACAUCUGGGAGUUCCCAUCAUCUCCUCAUCAAGUCUGUUUUCAUUUCGUAAACCAUCCCGGCGAGAUCGUUCAGAUGAGGAGACUUUUAAAGUGUCUCGGUGGACGCCCGUCAUCAAAGAUGUGAUGGAGGAUGCAAUUGAGAACAAACUGGACAUCAAAGACUGGCCGUAUCAGUCUGAAUGCCCGUCUGCAUGGAACGGCUCACGUGCUGUAAGUGCCCGGCAAAAGCACAAGGGCAGCUCUCCAGAUGAUCUCAGGAGCAGUUCGCGCCUCAUCAUCUUCGUUCUGGGUGGUGUCAGUUACUCAGAAAUGCGCUGUGCUUAUGAAGUCACACAGGCUACGAAAUCAUGUGAGGUCAUCAUUGGCUCUUCACACUUUCUCACUCCACGCGGCCUGCUGGAUGACAUAUAUAACCUGAGCAAAGGACCCAUGGAAACCUUUACCAUUGAGGAAGACAGACCCAGAGCAGUCCCUUCCCCAUAACCCUGAAAACCUGAGACACCCACACACUCCCAGGGCACUCAACCUCUCAGGGCUGAAGGGAACAGAUCUGAACUGCUUUUAUGUAUUAAUUCUCAAGCAUUUAAAGAUUUACUAAAAAAACAGGCAUACAAAAAUAAACCAAUAGUUUUACAGUAUCAAAUUGAGGUGUGGUCCAAAAAGUUUGUCCACAUGGUCCAAAAUGUCAGAAUUCAUGUUUUUUUUUUUAUGCUCCAGUUGGUUUGAAUUACUCCAGUUAGGGUAAAAAAAGAAAAAAGUCUGACUUCACAAAUGGGUGUUUUGCGAAACAGAUUUGGGCCUGAGUGGGUUUUCUUGUUUUGUAAGCCAUGUUGUGAUCAUUAAGACCCAACUGUGUCUCGCACAUGUUUUAUAAAAUGUUUUAUAAUACAGCAUUAAAAUAAAAGUAUGGUCCAUUAAUAUGCAACAUAGUAGUGGACAGAUGUAACACCCAACCCACUGUGUGACAAACACUAUAAUACAGAUGUAUGAAAGCUACAACUAAAACAUGGUCUCAUAAAUUAUACAUUAUCAAACAUACUGGUGCCUUAAUUUGUGUUAAAUUUACUAGUGAAAGCUAAAGGCUAACGCUGGAAUUUCUAUAACAGUUUUCGCUUAUCUUGUAUUUAUAUCUUACACAUUAAGCCUAGUUAUUUGUAAAACCUCAUGACUGUCAAUUUAAAAAUGUUUGUUUUUCAUUUUAAUAUUGUGCCUUUUCAUUCUUAAACAAGGAUGAUAUGCACAUAUGUAUUCAUUGCUUGCUUGCAAUAGUUUGCUGUUUUGACAUACACCAAUGAGCCACAUCAUUAAAACCACCUGCCUAAUAUUAUGUAGGUCCCCCUCGU